CCACACAGAGUGAUCAUGGCCGGUCGGUGGCGAGACGGUCCUCGCAUCUGUUCGGGAGAGCGGUACGGUGGCCUGAAACCGGCACGAAAGCUCCGCCAGCAAGAACCGUGCUUAGAAACCGGGGACGCGACGGAGUCGUCGCGGGGGUUGCCGCGAUGGAUGCGGCUUUACUUCUACGGGAUGCACGGCGUGACUCUGGAUGUCCUGCUGUCAUCCUUGCAGGGGGUUUUAAACUAUCGGGACCCUAAACUGGUGGGCUUUUCCUCUCCGUAUCUUUACAUCAUGCAUUCACUGACCCACUUUGCGCUGGAAAAGAUCUACUCACAGAAGAGGUGCUUCCGAGGCCGGGCUGUGGUGUUUCAUCUCGUUUUCUACCCAUCCAUCUACAUCGGGCUGCAGAUUCUGAUCGGGAACAUUAACACUUUGGCCGAGCAGGUGAGGGUAGUUUCUGGGACGCAGCUGGUAGUACACUACAUCCUGGCUCUCUACUUCUCUCAGGUGUUUCACAGAGGACUAUCACAUUUACAGUAUCACACCUCCUUCUCCUCCGACCUCCAGAGAAAACUCGAGGGCAGCUGGAGACCUCUUCACGGUCUCCCCGGCUUUGCGCGCUUCUUAUUCUUCGGGAUGCACGGCUUUCUGGACGAGGUUCUUUUCACCUCUCUGUUCAACCUGGUGGAGAAGUCUGACAGGACCCUCAGCGGUCACACGUCCCUGUGGUCUUUCCUGAUGUACGGGAGCUGCAGCUUCGUGGUGGAAAGACUCUACCUUUAUCUGCACUUCAGCAGAGGCUGGGGGACGUGGCGGCGGCUCCCCAUCUACAUCUGCUUCGUCUACACGUGGGAGUUCUCGUGGGGUCUGGUUCUGAGGCAGUUUAACGCCUGCUCCUGGGAUUAUUCCCACUAUCCUCACAACUUCAUGGGACUUAUCACCCUCCUCUACCUGCCCGGGUGGGUCUGCCUGAGUCUCUAUCAGGACGUGCUGUCCAAUGUCCUGCUGAGAAUCAAGUGCACCAAAGAUGUGCAUGAGCUGAGUGAAGAGAAUGGAGACAUUAAUGGACAACUGGAGCCAAAGAAAAAACUACUUUGAUUUUUAGUUUGGAGGUUUUAAGCAGCCUGCUUCUUGGGCAGACUCUGGACCACGUUUGAGUAAGGAAGAAACACAACCUUCGAAUUUUUAAAAGGACAUUUAUUUAUUAACAAGCUGAUUUCAUGAGAACAAACAACAAAGAUUUGAGGCUCCUUC